UACAUUACCUCCUCAUCCCCAUCGACAACGGCUAUAAAUACACUUCCCCGAAAUUAUCCAUCUCUAGUCUGAAUAAUUAUCUUCAAUUUCAAUUUCUUAGAUUCCACAAAUUUGGGAAUUCGGAUAUACAUGGACUGGGUUCGCGGCGUCAGGGUAGGGCAGGGGAGUUUCGCCACCGUCGAUUUGGCGGCGCCGAGAGGCGGCGGCGCUCAGGGGCUGCCGCCGGUGAUGGCGGUGAAGAGCUGUGGGUUUGCGAAGUCGGCGGCGCUGAUGGAGGAGAAAUUGAUUUUGGAUGAGCUCCGAGAUUGUCCGAACGUUGUCGGUUGCUUUGGAGAAAGUGUUUCGUACGAGAAUGGCGAGAAAUUGUACAAUGUGUUGCUAGAGUACGCCGCCGGCGGCGAUUUGGCGGCGAGGGUUAGGAAUUCCGGUGACCGGAGGCUGCCGGAAUUUGAUGUCCGGCGGUACACGAAGGGCGUGAUCAGAGGGCUUGAUUAUAUUCAUAAAGCGGGAAUUGUUCACUGCGAUAUUAAGCUUCAGAAUAUUCUUCUCCAGGGCCAAAACGGCGUCGUAAAGAUUGCUGAUUUCGGAUUGGCGAAGAGGUUAGGCGCUCGAAACGGCGACGUUUUGAGGGGGACGCCUAUGUACAUGUCGCCGGAGAUGGUCGCCGGCGGGGAGGUGGGUGCGGCGGCGGACAUUUGGGCCGUCGGAUGCGCGGUGGCGGAGAUGAUCGCUGGAGCUCCGGCGUGGCGGUGCGCCGAUUUGGCCGGGUUGUUGUUGAGGAUCGGCGCCGGAGAUGAGCUGCCGGAGAUUCCCGACGAUCUAUCGGCGGACGGUCAGGAUUUCUUAACGAAAUGCUUUGUGAAAGAUCCUAGUAAAAGAUGGACGGCUGAGAUGCUUUUGGAUCAUCCCUUUAUCAGCGGUCAGGAUUUAGCUGACGGAGAAGCGGCGACGGCGUCAACGUCUCCGAGAUGUGUAUUUAAUUUUCCAGACUGGGCGUCGUCAAUUACAUCUUUGCCCUCGCCGGAAUAUUCCUCGGAAUCAAGCUCGCAAAACGGGUCGUGGUCCAGCGCGGCGGCGGGGCGACGGCUUGGGAUAGUCAGCGGCUCCGAUGGUCCUAAGUGGUCUGUGUCGGAUGAAUGGGUCACCGUCAGGUGACGGAACAAAUAUUACAGUCAAUCUUGAUCAGCACAGAGAAUAGUCAGAACCAUUUUUAUUUUUUAUUUUUUAUUUUUUCUCGAGGACCAUUUUUUGUGUUUCUCAGCUGUAAAUACAUACAAAUACAAAUCUUUUGAGUUAGGCAGAAAAAUAAAGUUCUUUUAUUCACCAUUUGAUUCAA